UCGGUUUUGCGUCUGCAGAGCGGAGGAGAGAGCCAACCAAUUCUUCCCUCCUUUCUCCUCCCUCGCCUGAUCAGUCAUUUGCCAGUCACUAUGGAUGCGUCGGCACAGUUACUGGACGUUUGGGUCGCAAGAUUGUUCCUCUCCUUCCUGAUUUCUACUUUCUUCUGCAUCUGCUGGGAGCGAGAGAGAGGGUCCAAUUGCUGAUUCUGUUGCCUCUUCUCCUCGCGGGUUGGUGCGUUCGGAAAGAGCUGGAAUUGUCAUAGCCAAGAGUUGCUGGUCAGUUCGUGAACUCUCCUUCUUCUUCCCCUGUUUCCUAUUGCUAGAAACAUCUUCUCUUCCCCGUUUUCCAGCACACAAGCUCUAACUUUAGUGCAGAUGGGAAAAAGGCUCUUGAGGUUUAGAAAUCUAAGUUGGUCACUGGCAUGGGUGUUUAGGUCACCAGGAGUUGCUGUUGCAAGGAAUCUAUUCAAAGUUGAUCUUCUCGCUCCAUGUGUAGGCUUCAUUGUCGAUUCCUUCUUCCUCCUUGGGCGUUGUCUAAGUGAUGGUGAGUAGAGCUCGUCCUUCUUCCCCCUCCGUUGGUUCGCUGUUAUUACGGGUACUGUUAUGGGUUUGCGAUGUUCUUCCUCCUCUACUCUUCUUUGACAGUGCGAUGGCUUCCCUUGCUUCUUCUUGGUUCAAUGUCGCCACUGUGUUCAACUGUCGGUGGCUGUGGGGCUAUCCUACACCUCAACGACAAAACAUGAGGGGCAAUGAAUUUUUGAAUCUAUAUAGUAUGAAGGCUGAAAUAACAGCAAACAAAAAAGCUCGUCAGACUUGGAGAUGAAGUUUACAAUGAUCAGAGGAUGGGGCUUUAGUCCCUUUUGGGAAGACACGAUCUGGUAUGAGCAACCACAAAACCCAAUGAUGAAACCAUUGCCACCAGGUAAUUGGCCAGUUUUUGCAAUUAACGCCAUAUUUGUGUCGUGAAAAUAUUAUUUCCAUUAGUCAUGCACACCAAAUUGUAGGCCAAUGAGCAAAGAGUUGAAAGAUGGUCAGCUGAAGCCAAAAGUUUCAUCCAAGAGCAGGUUUCAUUUUGAGACCUUCAUCCACCCAGAAGAUGAGCCUGACGUUCGUAGCUUCUCCAGCAAAGUCAGAGAAAAGAACCGAUCCAUCAAAACACUCGUCUAUAUUUGGGGAAAUAAUAUUUAUGCCUCGAUGGUGAGCAAUCAAUCUUCAAGGAGAUCCUUCAUUGCAUCUUCCGUAGGCAUAGCCAAGGCAUACGAGUUUGAUGGCCUUGACCUUUACUGCGAUUACCCUGAAAUAAAAGCUGACAUGGAUGGUAUGGCAAUUCUUUUACAAGAAUGGAGACAAUAUGUACAUGAUAAUGAUCCAGAACUGAUCUUGACUGCUACAAUUCCAUAUUCGCCAUAUUGGCCAUUCAACAAGUCUAUUUAUCCUGUUGAGUCAAUGGCAAGGUACUUGGACCGGGUACAUGUCAAAACAUAUUCUUACAUUCUGGGGAGGUCACAUGUCACUGCCGCACAUUCAGCUUUAUUUGACCCGUCAAGUAGAUAUUACAGCACAGACUAUGGUAUCAACGAAUGGAUUUCCAGGGGAUUGUCACCCAACAAGUUGGUUUUGGGGUUGGCUUAUUUUGGGUAUGCAUGGAAUCUCACUGAUCCUAAUGACAAUGCAAUAGGUGCGCCAGCAACAGGUCAAGCACAAGCUCAACGUGGAUCGGGGAAAAUGACAUACGGGGAGAUCAACGACCGAAUUCUCUCCCGCAGAGAAGGCGAUAUACAAUAUAAUGACACUUAUGUAAUCAACUACUGGUCAUGUGGAUCAACUUGGAUAGGUUUUGAUGAUGUUGAGGCUAUCAAAAUUAAGGUGUCUAAUGCGAAGGAAAAGAAGUUGCUCGGUUACGCUUCAUGGCAGGUUUCUGACAAUGACAAUUGGUUGCUUUCCUAUGCAGCUAAAGGGGAAGAUAAUAAAGUUAAAGGGGAACAUUACUGUUCACGUUUGCUAAAGAUUCUCUUGGCUCCAGCUGUGUUGUCUGUCUUGCUAUUAGUAUUAGGUUUCUUAGUCUACAGCCAAAAGAGAAGGUUCAAAUUAAAAGAAAAUAAAGAAGCAGCAGAACAUUUGAAUGGUAAUGCUACAGAUGUCAAAGUCAUUUCUUUCUCUGACAUUUUAAGGGCCACAAAUGGAUUCUCAAUUGAAAAUAAGAUUGGAGAAGGUGGUUUUGGAGUUGUUUACAAGGGAAUAUUACCUGAUGGUGAGGAAAUAGCAGUCAAAAGACGAUCCAAAGGUUCUAAGCAAGGAUUCGAGGAAUUCAAAAAUGAGACAACACUUAACGCAAGACUACAGCAUGUCAAUCUCGUUCGACUAUUGGGAUUCUGCAAUGACAGGGAAGAACAAAUGUUGGUUUAUGAGUACAUGCCAAACAAAAGCCUUCACUUCUAUCUUUUUGACCCUACAAAGCAACAUCUACUAGAUUGGAGACAACGUGUUGGUAUCAUUGAAAGAGUUACUCAAGGACUUAUCUAUCUUCAAGAAUAUUCUAGGCUGACAAUAAUUCAUAGAGACUUGAAAGUUAGCAAUAUUCUGUUGGAUCAUGAGAUGAAGCCAAGGAUUUCAGACUUUGGCAUGGCAAGACCCUUUAAAAAAGAUGUACAUGAAGAAAAUGCCAGCAAACUUGUUGGGACAUAGCUUACAAGCUAUGGAGAGAAGGAAAAGGCUUGGAAUUUGUGGAUUCUUCACUUGAUGAUACAUCUUCUCCUUGCAAAUUGAUGAGAUGCUUGCAAAUUGCUCUCCUGUGUGUCCAUAAAUGUGCAGGAGAUAGGCCUAGCAUGCUAGAAGUUUAUUUAAUGAUAAGAAACGAAAGCAACUUACUAGCAAACCCAAAAUAGCCUGCAUAUUCAAACGUAGGAAAUGAAGAGGCAGAGGCAGAAAUUUGUUCACGAAAUGAAACAACAAUGUCUCCAGUAAAUGGUCGAUAGCACUUAACAAUAUUACAUUUUACUGUUCUGUCUAUCUUUCUACGAUAAUAUAUGAUGUUCAGGGAAAAUAAAUGUCAUAAAAAUGUUUGAACUUCAUUAGUGCCAUACCCCAUUGAGGAAGUGUGACUGGCACCAACGUACAUCUCACUUGGUAAGCCUCAUUGACAGACUC